AUAAAAGCAGAAAGCAAUAAGCAACAAAGGCAAGAUGACUGCUUAAUUAGCAUUUGGCCUUAUCUAGAUGGCAUCCUGCUGAGUCCAACCCUGACAUCCGCAGUACUUUACAGAAGGCAGGGAGUUUUCUUUCUCUUUUCCUUUAUUUACCUAUAUAAAACCAGAAAAUCCUGUUUUUACAGUAUUCACAAGCCAAUCACCUCAUUCCGUCAUCUGUCUGUCUCAACAACUUAAGACAUGGAUGGGCUCUGCUUGCCUAAGAUCUCUCAGCAAACUAGAACAUCCUUCUCCUACAUGGCCUGUGAUGCUGCAGUUCCACAUUAAUAAACCAAAAGUAACUCCCAAAAUUAGCACCUCCUAUUUAAAAUAGUAUUUCUGUUUUAAUAUAAAUGGGGCAAAAGAGCUGAUAAAAAUAAAAAAUUAAACCUCUAGAAACCCACGCCUUUCCUGAUUACUAACUGAUCAAUUUGAUCCUGUCAUUUAAUAAAACAGAAACUUGAGAAAACAUGCUGUGAAAAGAAGCUAUUUAAGUGUGGAGUCCCUACUUCUUACAAGCAGUAGUUUCUUCUCACCCAUAAGAAGCAUUUCAUAUUCUGUCACUUUACCUGUGGCCCCAGCGCUGUUGCUAGUUCUGCAAUCUCUUCUUUACUUUGUCUUGUAGUAUUCUGAACUUUUUUAACCUGAAUUACCCCCAAAGCACUACUCAAAAUAAAGGGACAUUUUAACAAUUAGGAGUACUCCAGACAGCAAGAAGUCUGUGUACAGUACUUGUUUGCAUAAACAUGUUUAAUGAUAUAGAAAAUCUAUUCCAAAUCAAUCACUAAAAUCUAAAAGGAAAAAUAUAUUACAUUUUAAAUGGAGGGAAAACAUCUGGUUUUAUUCAAGGUUGUGGUGAAUCUGUUCGGCAACUUUUAAAGUUAAUUCAGAUGGCUUUUCAAUCAUUGCAAUUACACAUAGAGAAUACUGAACCGAAAGAUGGCAAGGCAAUUGUUUGUGUCCAAACUUAUGAAAAACUAUAUUUCCCUGGACUUUUCAUCUCAUGAAUUUCAAAUUCUCCUUUCCAAGGAGUAUUUGACCUUCACAUUUCAGGCCCUGUAUCUCUUCAUUUCCUAUGUCCAUCGUAUGUUACAAAACUCAAACUGGGCUACAAGUAUAAAUUUCUGUUAACUGACAUUAAUGAAUUUUGGAUGUUUUCAAAAUCUGCGAUCUGUUCAUUGUGCCAGCCCUGCAUUGCAGAAAAGUCUUAGCCUGAGAUUCCAGCUUCGCUCCUGCAAAAAGAGUCACUACAGGCUGGUUUAAAUUGUAUUUACUCGGAGAGAAGAGGGGGAAGGGAACUCCCUGCCCCUUGACAACCUGACAGGCCAGGCUGGUUGACAAGCCCCCAGGGUGGCCGCACCUCCCGCUCGCCGGCCUGGGCGCUGUCCUUGGUGCUGCCGCCGCCAUAGCGAGCACAAGCGCCUUACCUUCUGCCCCUGCGGAAGCUGCGGUCGUUCCCCAAACGUUAAAAACGCCAUAUCCCACUUUUAAUACAAAUAACUACCCCGGCCUGUUCUCUUUAGGCUUCAGGCAGACCGUUCCUCAAAGUCUUUCUUUUUUCUUCUAGACUCAGCUCCUCUGCGCCCAUCUCCAGCUGCUUUAAGACAAGGAGUGGGGGAAGGGGAGAGAGGCAAGAACACAGGACGGUGGGGGAGGGGAAAAGAGGGAAUGCAGGGGGAAGGGAGGGAGGAGACGGGGUGAAGGAAAGAUUGGAAGAAAAGGGUUCCGCCGAGGAAGGGGCUGAGAGAAGGGCAGGGUGAACGGGACUAAAGAAGACCAGGGUAGGAGGGAGAAGAUGGGCCAAAAAAGAAUCGGACGGGAUUAAGCACAGAAGAUGGGUAAAGAAAAAAGUACUGGGGAAAUGGCAAAAGAAAAGAAAGCCUUGAGGAUAAGAGUGUAGAAGAAUAAAGAACAAGGGGACCCCCAGGGUGUCGGGGAAGUGCUGCACGAACAGCGGGACAGUGACAGACAAAGAAAGGGCGCUGAUGAUACUCGCACCAAGGGUGAGAAACGCAAUGGGGAGGUGAGAAAUGGGGAGAAGGCGAACCCCUGGAGACAAGUGGCCUGGGACUGAAAAAGGACCUGGAGGGAGGGGCUGAACCCCAGGCAGCAAAGUCCGGGGUCAAUGCGGCCCGCGCGCGUGGAGAGGGUGCUGAAUCACCGCUCAGCCGCCCCCCUCCCCUCCUCCCGACCGGUGCCCGCAGUCCCCGCCUCCUCGGCCGCCGCCUCCACUGGGCGGGGCCCUGGCCCGGGACCAGCUCCGCGGCUAUAAAUGGGCUGCGGCGAGGCCGGCAGAAUGCUGUGACAGCCACCCGCCCCAAGGCCUCCAAGAUGAGCUACACGUUGGACUCGCUGGGCAACCCGUCCGCCUACCGGCGGGUAACCGAGACCCGCUCGAGCUUCAGCCGCGUUAGCGGCUCCCCGUCCAGCGGCUUCCGCUCGCAGUCAUGGUCCCGCGGCUCGCCCAGCACGGUGUCCUCCUCCUACAAACGCAGCAUGCUCGCCCCGCGCCUCGCCUACAGCUCGGCCAUGCUCAGCUCCGCCGAGAGCAGCCUCGACUUCAGCCAGUCCUCGUCCCUACUCAACGGUGGUUCCGGACCUGGCGGCGACUACAAGCUGUCCCGUUCCAACGAGAAGGAGCAGCUGCAGGGGCUCAACGACCGCUUCGCCGGCUACAUCGAAAAGGUGCACUACCUGGAGCAACAGAACAAGGAGAUAGAGGCGGAGAUCCAGGCUCUGCGGCAGAAGCAGGCCUCGCACGCCCAGCUGGGCGACGCGUACGACCAGGAGAUCCGCGAGCUGCGCGCCACACUGGAGAUGGUGAACCACGAGAAGGCUCAGGUGCAGCUGGACUCUGACCACCUGGAGGAAGACAUCCACAGGCUCAAGGAGCGCUUCGAGGAGGAGGCACGGCUGCGCGACGACACCGAGGCGGCCAUCCGCGCGCUGCGCAAAGACAUCGAGGAGGCGUCGCUGGUCAAGGUGGAGCUGGACAAGAAGGUGCAGUCGCUGCAGGAUGAGGUGGCCUUCCUGCGGAGCAACCACGAGGAGGAGGUGGCCGACCUUCUGGCCCAGAUCCAGGCCUCGCACAUCACAGUGGAGCGCAAAGACUACCUGAAGACAGACAUCUCGUCGGCGCUGAAGGAGAUCCGCUCCCAGCUCGAGUGCCACUCCGACCAGAAUAUGCACCAGGCCGAAGAGUGGUUCAAAUGCCGCUACGCCAAGCUCACCGAGGCGGCCGAGCAGAACAAGGAGGCCAUCCGCUCCGCCAAGGAAGAGAUCGCCGAAUACCGGCGCCAGCUGCAGUCCAAGAGCAUCGAGCUGGAGUCGGUGCGCGGCACCAAGGAGUCCCUGGAGCGGCAGCUCAGCGACAUCGAGGAGCGCCACAACCACGACCUCAGCAGCUACCAGGACACCAUCCAGCAACUGGAAAAUGAGCUUCGGGGCACAAAGUGGGAAAUGGCCCGUCAUUUGCGCGAAUACCAGGACCUCCUCAACGUCAAGAUGGCUCUGGAUAUAGAAAUUGCUGCGUACAGAAAACUCUUGGAGGGUGAAGAGACCAGAUUUAGUACAUUUGCAGGAAGCAUCACUGGGCCACUGUACACACACCGACAGCCCUCAGUCACAAUAUCCAGUAAGAUUCAGAAAGCCAAGGUCGAAGCUCCCAAGCUCAAGGUCCAACACAAAUUUGUUGAGGAGAUCAUAGAAGAAACCAAAGUGGAAGAUGAGAAGUCAGAAAUGGAAGAAGCCCUGGCAGCCAUUACAGAGGAAUUGGCCAUUUCCAUGAAGGAAGUGAAGGAGGAAGAAGCAGAAGAAAAGGAAGAGGAACCAGAAGCUGAAGAAGAGGAAGUGGCUGCCAAAAAGUCUCCAGUGAAAGCUACUGCACCUGAAGUUAAAGGAGAGGAAGAAGGGGAAAAGGAAGCAGAAGAAGGCCAGGAAGAAGAAGAGGAGGAAGAAGACGAGGGCGCUAAGUCAGACCAAGCCGAAGAGGGAGGAUCCGAGAAGGAAGGCUCUAGUGAAAAAGAAGAAGGUGAGCAGGAAGAAGGAGAAACAGAGGCUGAAGGGGAAGGAGAAGAAGCUGAAGCUAAAGAGGAAAAGAAAGUGGAGGAAAAGAGUGAGGAAGUGGCCACCAAGGAGGAGCUGGUGGUAGACGCCAAGGUGGAAAAGCCAGAAAAAGCCAAGUCUCCUGUGCCAAAAUCACCAGUGGAAGAGGCAAAAUCAAAAGCAGAAGUGGGGAAAGGUGAACAGAAAGAGGAAGAAAGAAAGGAAGUCAAGGAAGCUCCCAAGGAGGAGAAGGUAGAGAAAAAGGAAGAGAAACCAAAGGAUGUGCCAGAGAAGAAGAAAGCUGAGUCCCCAGUAAAGGAGGAAGCUGUGGAGGAGGUGGUCACCAUCACCAAAUCGGUCAAGGUGCACUUAGAGGAGACUAAAGAAGAGGGGAAGCCACAGCAGCAGGAGAAGGAGAAGGAGAAAGCGGGAGGAGAGGGACGGAGCGAGAAGGAAGGGGGUGAUAAAGGUUCCAAGGAAUCCAGGAAGGAAGACAUAGCUGUCAAUGGGGAGGUAGAAGGAAAAGAGGAGGAGGAGCAGGAGACCAAGGAAAAGGGCAGUGGGAGGGAAGAGGAGAAAGGCGUUGUCACCAAUGGCCUAGACUUGAGCCCAGCAGAUGAAAAGAAGGGGGCUGAUAAAAGUGAGGAGAAAGUAGUGGUGACCAAAACGGUAGAAAAAAUCACCAGUGAGGGGGGAGAUGGUGCUACCAAAUACAUCACUAAAUCUGUAACCGUCACUCAAAAGGUCGAAGAGCAUGAAGAGACCUUUGAGGAGAAACUAGUGUCUACUAAAAAGGUAGAAAAAGUCACUUCACACGCCAUAGUAAAGGAAGUCACCCAGAGUGACUAAGAUAUGAGUCCACUGCAGAAGGUUAAGCCAUAUGACAAUUUCAAAAUGCAUGUGAUUGGCAGCUUCAAAACAGAACGGGUUCUCCCAUGGGGGCUCCAGACAUUGUAUUUACUUUGUGCAAUAUGAGGGGUUUGCAUGCAAGCUCAGGGUGCUCCCUCCUCAGUCUUUGGGGGAUUCAAAUGCAUGAUAUUGUAUGUACCUGGGAAAUUGGCCAAUUUCCUAAGCUGUUGGAAGGGGGUCACUGGGGGGGAUGUCUUGGGAUGUAUUAUGCAAAGUACCAACUGAGCCAAAUACAAUAAAUGAAGCAGAGAACUCUCUUAGCCUUAAGAAAGCUAUAUAUGAAUAACUACGUUUACCUCACUGGUGAGUUUAAAAUGGACUUUUGUUCAUGGGAGAACCUCGUUGACAUGCACAGUUUGCAAUCUUAUGUUGAUCGAUGUUAAACGUCACAGCAGUACUUGCUCAAUAAAGGUCAUAUUGGAAACAUAGUCAA